AUUUAAAUUUGGCCCAUACGUUUGACUGACUGUGCUCUUUAAACGGAAGGGACUCGAGACAGUUCGGUGCUGAAAUGGUUGUUAGAAUAGCUUUUCUUCUCUUAAUUGCUGUACCUCUUACAAGUCAAGUUGAGACUGAAGUUACAAUCGAUGGUGAUCAAGAGCAGUUUAUAGCUAAAGGCGAGAAUGUCAAGUUGAUCUGUCGUUAUAACACUUCAACGCCUCUGUCUGAGGUUCAGUGGAUAAGAGAUGGAAAGGUGAUUGCCAUAAACUCUACUGCGACCGACAAUGGACCAAGAGUGAAUAUAAUCAAGUAUAAUGAGAGCUUAUCACAGCUCUCAAUCGCCUCAGCUUCCUCACAGGAUUCUGGAAAUUACACUUGCAAUGUUACAAAUGAAGUAAAUAGUAUGACGGCUACGACGUCGAUAGAUGUUCAAGAGAAGCCUUCUACCAAAAUACAGCCAGAAACUGUUACUGUCAAGGAGGGAGAAAAUGUAACGUUAUUUUGUAACUCUUCUGGAAGCUAUCUAACCAUAACGUGGAAAUUCAACGGAUCUGAUGUAACCACCUUGCGGGAUUCAAGAGUCAGUUUUUCAGAUGACAAUAAAAAUCUGAUUAUAACGAACGUGAGCAGGGAAAACAAAGGAGAAUACAAAUGUGUGGCGAGUAACAAAGUUGGAGAAGAUACAUCUGAUGUUGUCGUUGUGUCUGUUGAAUUUGAGCCUGAAGUAGCAAUUGAUGGUGAUCAAGAGCAGUUUAUAGCCAAAGGCGAGAAUGUCACGUUGACCUGUCGAUACAACUCUUCACCUCCUGUGUCUGAGGUACGGUGGGUAAAAGAUGGAAAGGUGAUUGCAAUAAAUUCUACUGUGACCAACAAUGGAUCAAGAGUGACUGUAACCUAUUAUGAUGACAGUUUUUCACAGCUCUCAAUCGUCUCAGCUUCCUCGCAGGAUUCUGGAAAUUACACUUGCUAUGUUACAAAUGGAGUAAGUAAUACGACAGCAUUGACGUCGAUGGAUGUUCAAGAGAAGCCUUCCACCAAACUACAGCCAGAAUCUGUCAGCGUCAAGGAGGGAGAAAAUGUAACGUUAUUUUGUAACUCUUCUGGAAGCUAUCCAAGGAUAACGUGGAAAUUCAAAGGAUCUGAUGUAACCAUCUUGGGGGAUUCAAGGAUCAGUUUUGCACUUGACAAAAGAAAUCUGAUUAUAACGAACGUAAGCAGGGAAAACAAAGGAGAAUACAAAUGUUUUGCGAGCAACAAUGUUGGAAAUGAUACAUCCAAUACUGCCGUUGUGUCUGUUAAAUUUGGACCUGAAAUCUCUGAACCUCCAAGAGAAGUCACGAAAGAACAAGGGCAAAUCGUCGUGUUUAGUUGUGUAGUAGCAGGAUACCCUACACCUAAUGUUACUUGGACAAAGAAUGAAUUCAAAUUGAGUGUGGCAGUACAGUCGCGAUUCAAUGUCUCCUCUAUGGACGGGAAUCACAGUUUAACAAUAACAGAUCUUCAGCCGUCAGAUUCUGGACAAUACAGAUGUGUAGCUAAUAAUAGUUUGGGUGCUUCUACAUCAUCUGCAGCCAAUCUAUCAGUACAAUUUGCGCCAGAGGUGGCAAUUGAUGGAGAUCAAACACAGUAUGUAGCCAAUGGCACUAAUUUACAGCUGACAUGCCGGUUCAACGCCUUGCCCACCGUGUCUAACGUGCAGUGGGUAAAAGAUGGGACUGUGAUUGCAUCAACUAUCCCUGUGAACUUCAAUGGGUCACGAGUGACUAUCUCACACAAUAAUGAAAGCCAAGCUCAACUAUCAAUCAAAGCAGUUUCCUUGGAUGAUGCCGGAAAUUACACCUGCAAUGUUACAAAUAGUGUUGGUACCUGGUCGAGUCGGACAUCGAUUAUUGUUCAAGUGAGGCCUUUGAUCAAGACGAACCCACAGACUAGUCCAGUCAACGAAGGGGGAAACUUGACCCUAUUUUGCAACGCUACUGGAAGCUCUCUAUCAAUAUCAUGGGAAAAAAAUGGAUUUGGUAUAGAUUCUAGUGAGGAUUCGAGGAUCCGUUUGCAAGCAGACAACAAGCAGUUGACAAUAACUAAUGUGACCAGGGAAGACAACGGACCAUACCAGUGUGUGGUGAGCAACAAGUUGGGUCUGAAAUCUCCAAACCUCCAAUGAAUGCCACUAGAGUGGAAGGACAAACUGUUGUAUUCAGUUGCUUGGUAGCAGGAUACCCUAGACCUGAUGUUGCUUGGACAAAAAAUAACGUUGAA